AUGGCCUCGUCCGCAAACACCAUCUUCCGCGCCUCGCGCCCUCUCUUCCGCCAGGCCACCAUUGCCCAGCCCGCUCGCCAGGCUUUCCGCCAGCAAACCUUCCGACAGAACUUCUACCAGGGCAGCGGCCGUCGAUGGCAGAGCACCGAUGGCGCCCAGCAGCAACAGCAAGGCUGGUUCAAGCGCAUGUAUGAGAGUGAGGUUGGGUUCAAGACUGUGCAUUUCUGGGCUCCCGUCAUGAAGUGGGCUCUUGUCCUUGCCGGUGUCUCCGAUUUCGCUCGUCCCGCCGAGAAGCUCUCCUUCACUCAGAACCUCGCCCUGACCUGCACCGGUAUUAUUUGGACUCGAUGGUGCCUCAUCAUCAAGCCCAAGAACUACCUCCUCGCUGCUGUCAACUUCUUCCUCGGAAUGGUUGGUGUCGUCCAGGUCUCUCGCAUUCUCAAGUACGAGUCCGAAAAGAAGAAGGGCCUGCACGGCGUCGUCGAGGAUAUCAAGGCCGACGCCAAGGAGACCAUCGAGGAGGUUAAGCCUUAA